AUGAACGCCGCCCGCGCGAGCGUCGGAUCCCUCCCCGAGCUCGCGCAUUCGCUCGGCGCCGAGUCCGAGGAGUCCGACGACGACGGCGACGCGGGCGAGGAGAUCGCCUCGCUCCUGCACCAGGGCGAGCAGUCCGAGCAGAUGCGGCUGUUCGACCUCGCGGUGCGCAUGAGCGGCGAGGUGGACGUCCGCGAUCACAAGCGUAACCUCAAGAAGCACAAGGCGUGCUUCACCGGGCGCGUCGCGGUGCAGUGGAUGCUCACCAACGGCGUCGCGAGGACCGUCGACGACGCGGUGGCGACGGGUCAAAAAUUGUCAGACGCCGGGCUCGUCAAGCCCGUCGCCGCCGGACGCGCCUUCCUCAACAGGUCCUUCCUGUACCGCUUCGGCGACGGCAUGGACAGGUACGUCCAGGCGGCGCGGUGGUGUCUGUCGCAGGAGAUGGGCAAGAUAAGAGGCGAGGUCAAGGACGUCUGCGCCGUCGUCGAUCGACACACCGCGGCGACGAGAGCCAUCUCCGCGGAACACGCCGCGGCGAUGGAACGCGUGGAGCUCGUCAUGUUCGAGAUGCGAACGCAGCUCGCGUGGACCCGAGCCGCGGUGUUCAUGCUCGCCGUGGCGUGCCUCUUCCUGACGUUCGUGUGCGUGCCCGCGUCCGAGGAUGACGUCAAGGAGGGCGGGCUCUCCGGGCUCUUCUCGGGGCUCUUCCAGGGGCUUUUCCGGGGCUCUUCGGCUGCGGCUCGAUUACACGCGAUCCUUCCCCGCGCCACGCACGCGCUCGUUACCCUCGUCGCCUCCGCGCUGUCGUUCUCCGCGGGCGUCUUCGUCGUCGAUCGAAAAUCCUUCGACGCGGUGCUCUACACCGCGGAUCACAGGUACUUCCUCGACGGGACGGGAACGGACGCGUCGGACGAUGAUGAACCCGACUCGGAUGACGACGAAUCAGUCGGUGGAUCGAUCGGUGACCCGGACCGAGGGUUCCUCGCGGGUCCGGGCUCCAGCCGGGGCGUCGCGGGGCUUCGAAGGCGGCUGCGGCGGAGGGGGAGCGCGCAGAACCUGCGGAUCGACGUCGACGCGACGGAGCCAUCGGGGGGAACCGGAUCGCGGAGAGCCGAGGUAGCCGGGGUAGCCGCCGGACGAGUGUCGGAUGGUACGUACGCGGACAAGUACGUCCCGCUCGGGCCGGGGUUACGCAGCCUGAGCCAGCGCGGCGGGUUCCGCGACGUCGACUCGCCGAGGGGAACGUCGCACGCGCCGGGGACGCCGACGCGGCGGCUCGUCAGGCUGACGUCGUUCGGCAGAUUCUUCGGGAUGUCGCCUCGCGCCCCCGGCUCGAGGUCGGGUCGCGGAGAGGAGGGACUCGACGGCGGCGUCAGGCCGGAGGAUCAGGCGCUGCCCCCGCCGGCCGCGUCCUCCGCCGUGUUCGGGGACGUGGGUUCCAAACCCGUGGGGUUGCGAUUGAGCCCGGAGUAUCCUCGGCAGUGGAUUCCGAGCGGUCCGAGCCGACCGAGCGAUGGCGUGUCUCUCCCCGCGCAGGUUCCCUUUGAAUUCGAGACGGAGCUGUUCAAGGGCAAGGCGGUGAUUUACCUCAGGGGGCUGUCAAACACUCCUGAGCGGGUGUUCAAGGGAAAGGCGAGGGCCAUACAGUUCUCGGUGCAGGGCAGGUUCAAGCGGGAGGUGGCCAUGGACGACUUGCACUUUGGCUUGUCACUCGCGAGGCCCCUUCGAAACCUUCCCACGCGGUGGCUGCUGAACCUGUGCACGCGCGUGGUUCAGAGCCUCGGGGCGCAGUACUCCAUGGACCUCAGCGAUCCAACCGCGGACCGUCCGUACAUGCUCGCGCCCAUCAUCCUCGCCGCGCAGACGGUCAGCUGCGCGGCGCCGGGUCGCGAGCCCGACCUCACCCUCGCGCCCAUCGAGGAGAAUGCUCGGCUGACUUUUUUGGGGCACAGCGGGAAAGGCGUGGGCGCCAACGAGCGCCGGCGGAAGAUCGCGAAGAUCAUCCGCGACGCCAAGCACGCGCGGAGGAAAGCCGGGGUCGGGGAUGUCAACCCCGGCGAGUUGACGCGCGACGGCCGGGUGCCGUCGUUCGACGUCGACUCGACGUGGACGUUUUCGUUCUGGCAGUCGCAGAUCGACGUGUCCAAGUACUCCGUGGACCUCGGCGUGGGGAAGUUCGACCUGGUGCCCAUCAUGGACGGGCAGCCCAUCGCGCUGCUGUGCCAGACGAGCGACGCGUCUCGCGUAGGGUUCAGGUUCGAGGUUUGGCACGAGCGAUUGCUGCAGCGCGCGCACUCGCAUCAAUCGCCGGACAACGUCGAGCGUAGACCCCCGCGGGACGCCGACGAGGAUUCGAGUCGCGGCGACGGGGAUGCGACGCAGACGGCGGGACGAGGGGAGGCGCCGGAGGAGGCGCCGGAGGAGGCCGCGGCUCGACCCGCGAGUUGAAAUUCUGAACGCUUCUCUAUUCACAAGUCAUCGCUGAAAUC